AUGUCGUUGGACCAAGUCCCGGACGAAAUCAUCCAGCACCUUCUUCAUUAUGUCCCGCCUCAGGCUACUCUGCAAUCCUUCCAGCUUCUAUGCCGCCGCUUUCAUAGACUAGCAAACGAAGGCCUGCUCUGGCGAUUUCAUUGCCGCAGCACCUUUAGAUACUGGCACCCCGAUCACGGCUUUGGCCCAAAGCUGCACGCCGCCGUGGCAAGUGUCGACUGGAAGCACCUGUUCCUCCUGAGGACGCGCAGGAAUCAGACCGUCUCCCGGCUAUUCGACGCCAUCCUGCAAACCAAGGUUGGCCGUCUGAAAAAGAUCGAGGACAUCUGCCGCCUGGGGUACGAUGCCAAGGAUUUUCUCCUGGUACAAUGUCACGCACGCGACGCCGCCCCGGACGUUCUAGCCAGAAGCAAUGCCAUACUCGACAGCAUUCACCGGAGCAUCGCCAUCGAACAAUGGCACAGACUUGGUCUGGACCGCGAUUCGCCACCUCCAAUGGUUGCCGCACAGAGACUCGAGAGAGCCCUCGGCGCCUUUGACAUGUUCGUGUUACACGACCAACCCGGUGACCUCGACGACAUUACUCAAAUGCUGGACUCCUUGAUCAUGCAAUUUCGAGCUAGCUGCGAUAAUCUCCCCCAACUCACAGCUCGACAGACGGCUCUGGCCCUGAACAGGUGGAUGCGUGCCAAUAAUCUAACCGGCCUGCAGAACCCGGAACGGAACUAUCGAAAUCUUCGAAAUUGUCUGAUAGGCCAGGCUUUGCGCCAUGAAGACCACGAGUCCAUUCCACUGAUAUCCAGCGCCCUCUUUUGUUGUCUUGCCGGGCGGCUGGGGCUCAAUGCUCAGUGCAGUGCCUUCCCCAGUCAUGUCCACGCCAUUGUCCUUGCCGAGCCCGGACAAACCUUGGACGGCAAGGUCGUUGAUGGCUGCCGUGAGCAACCCGAGAGGAUGUAUCUUGACCCUUACGGGCUCGACGGCGAAGUCCCUGUGUCCCAUUUACAGAGCCUGCUAGCUUACUAUGGAUGGCAAACUAGCACAGACGCAUUGUUGGCUCCUGCUCCGGCUAUAUCACUGGUUCUCAGAACUGCUCAAAAUAUCAAGGCCACCUUUGCUAGAAUUUUGGAACUGCAGGACAACGCUCACCCAGAACUUAGCCAGCUUCUGCGUGGUAACAGCGCAAUAAACGUGGACGCUUCCCUAUACUCGGCCAUGUGGGCGUCGCUGAUGCUGACACCCCCCAAUACUUUCGAAUGGGACGAAAGGGUGGCCAGCUUUCUUCAUCGAUUUGCGGGAUCGUGGCCCGAAGACGCAUGGCUGGUAGAAAAAUAUCUCCGUCCCAUGUAUAACAGCUUCUCCCCACUUCGUGAUGGCUUAGCCCGUCAUGUCAAUGGUGGCUUGGGGGAUCCGUGCCAUCACUGGCGUCUCGUUCGAGAGCAAGACGAUCUAAUUCCGCCUGUUUUCCGGAGAGAUGUAGGCGGCAACCGGUCAGUCCCUUUCAAGAUUGGUCAGGUUUUUCGACACCGACGCUACGGCUGGGUAGGUGUCAUCACGGGCUGGUCUGACCAAGGCACGCGACGUCUGCCCGUGCUAACGUCUCGAGAAACCGACGAGGGAGAUGCUGGCGACCCGUCUGCUCGACCGCAGAAUCAGUUCUACUUCAUGUGCUUUCCGAGCACUGGCUCCGAGCCACAUGUAGUGGCUGCGGAUAAUAUAGAGCUCAUACACGACUCUGCGAACAUUGACGACAGCAUGUUUCCCAUGGCUGGCAAAUUUUUCAGGCGUUUUGAUUCAGAAGCUUGCAGAUUCGUUUCCAAUAUCAAGGAACAAUACCCAGAUGACUAA